AUUGUACAAGGGCGUUAGGGGGCGCUCAUCAUCUGUUGUUAGAUGGCCUGCGCCAGCUUCCACUAAUCAGAAGGAGGCGUAUAUCCUCACGGUCUGAGCGGACGGGGUUAUGUUAUUGUUGUUUUUGCAGGGUAGGGUUUGCUUUUUGUAUUCUUGCUCCGUGUCUCCGGACGGCUUGAAUGUCCCGCUGUUCUGUGACAAUUAUCUGAGGAGGAUUGCAAGGGUCCAAUCCUGUGAUGGAUUCGCGGGUGGCCGAGCUUUUUGGUACUGGUUCCGGAUUGAUAGCUGGGCCGCAGUGUUCGGGUUCGGGCAAUGGUUUGAGUUUUAUGUCGAAAAAAUCCUACGCGAAAAACAGCAAAAAAGUAAAAAACCGUUCCACAAGGAAUACAAAACCCAGCAACAACCCGCCUUAUCUACCUCCUGAGGCUGAAGAAGGAAAUAUAGAGUACAAGUUGAAGCUGGUGAACCCCACGCAGUACCGCUUCGAGCACCUAGUGACACAGAUGAAGUGGCGGCUUCAGGAGGGCCGCGGGGAGGCGGUGUACCAGAUCGGGGUGGAGGACAAUGGCCUGCUGGUGGGUCUGUCUGAGGAGGACAUGCGAGCCUCAUUGAAGACGCUCCGCAGGAUGGCUGAGAAGGUUGGGGCUGACAUCGCGGUCAUCAGAGAGAGAGAAGUAGACUAUGACUCGGACAUCCCCAGAAAAAUCGCUGAGGUUUUAGUGAGGAAAGUUCCAGACAACCAGCAGUUUCUGGACCUGCGGGUGGCAGUGCUGGGGAAUGUGGACUCGGGCAAGUCCACCCUGCUGGGUGUGCUGACACAGGGAGAGCUGGACAACGGGCGGGGGCGUGCGCGCCUCAACCUCUUCAGACACCUCCACGAAAUCCAGUCUGGCAGGACCUCCAGCAUCAGCUUUGAGAUCAUGGGCUUCAACAGCAAAGGGGAGGUGGUAAACUACAGCGAAUCACGGACAGCAGAGGAGAUCUGUGAGAGGGCCUCCAAAAUGAUCACCUUCAUCGAUCUGGCGGGGCACCACAAGUACUUGAAAACAACCAUCUUCGGCCUGACCAGCUACUGCCCUGACUUUGCCAUGCUGGUUGUUGGUGCUAACACAGGCAUAGCUGGCACGACGCGAGAGCACCUGGGCCUGGCCAUGGCUCUGAAGGUGCCCAUCUUCAUAGUGGUCAGCAAGGUUGACCUGUGCACCAAGAACACCAUCGAGCGCACGGUCAGGCAACUGGAGAGGAUCCUGAAACAGCCCGGCUGUAACAAGGUCCCCAUGCUGGUUGCCACUGCGGAUGUCGCCGUCACUGCCGCCCAGCAGUUUGCACUGUCCCCCAGUAUCACGCCGAUUUUCACACUGUCAAGUGUUUCGGGAGAAAACCUGGACCUGCUGAAGGUUUUCUUCAAUAUCCUCCCGCCCCUGAGCAACAGUAAGGAGCAGGAGGAGCUGAUGCAGCAGCUGACAGAGUUCCAGGUUGAUGAAAUCUACACAGUACCAGAAGUAGGAACAGUUGUUGGAGGAACCCUCUACAGUGGUAUCUGCCGGGAGGGCGAGCAGCUGGUGGUGGGCCCCACUGAUGAAGGGAACUUCCUGGAGCUGAAGGUGUGCAGCAUCCAGAGGAACCGAUCAGCCUGCAGGGUGCUCCGGGCCGGCCAGGCAGCCACUCUGGCACUGGGCAACUUCGACAGGUCCCUGCUCCGCAAGGGCAUGGUGAUGGUGAGUCCUGAGAUGAACCCCACAAUAUGCUGGAUGUUUGAGGCAGAGAUUGUGCUUCUGUUCCACGCCAAGACUUUCAGAAAGGGCUUCCAGGUCACCGUGCACGUGGGCAAUGUCCGACAGACGGCCAUUGUUGGGUGCUUGCAUGGAAAGGAUGAGCUGCGGACAGGGGAGAAGGCUGUAGUGCGUUUCAAGUUCAUAAAGCACCCGGAGUACUUGAAAAUCGGAGCCAAAUUACUCUUCCGAGAGGGAGUAACGAAAGGGAUCGGACACGUCACCAGCCUGCACCCUCUGUUCAUGAACCAAUACAGCUAGGAAGUGUGCAGAGAAGAGAGAGAAUUGAAAAAGGAACCGGACGACCUCCACCAGACCUCAUUGUCGAUACUGCAGCCCUAAGCAGGGAGCACUGCCAGUGUUUAAACAGCAGACACAGAGUGGAGGUUGAAGGAGGGUUUUUAUCUUGCACAGCUCUGUGUUUUAGUCUACAGUUGUCUUGCCUUGUUUCUGAGCAUGUCACUUUAGUGCACUCCUUCCAUUAACUUGCUCAUUGUUCCACACAGGGUGCUUUAAAACUGCAAGGAAACGAGGAACCAGUUUUCAAAUGUUCUUAAUCAUUUUUUGUAGAACUUGGUACCUUGGGUUCAGCCUCUUCAUUGUAGUUUGGGUUGUGCUUUGUAUGAACUUUCUGUCUUGUUCUCUUUUGAGCUUUUAACUUUUUUUAUUUCUAUUGAGAUUUGUCAAGCAGUCUGCAAAGGAAAGUAUAGAGGUGCUGCAACAAGCAACUCCAACAGAGUGCCUGUCUGAGCAGAGCAGAAACCAGAACGCUGAAUACCUGCGACUGCUAACAACCCUGAUCUUGCUCUGAAAUCAAAAGCACCAUCCUAGCAAUGCACAUUGAAAAAAGGGUUUUAUUACUUUUAAUAGUUGGGUGUGUUAUUAACAGUGUUACUGAUAAGAAAAAAUGAAGAGUGCUAAAUUUGCUAAGAACCACUUCCAAUUUUCAUGUUACUCAUAUAUAUAUAUGAGGUAGUAGACAAAAAAUGGAAACACUUCAUGUAUGAGAAAUGCUGGACAGGCCUGGUUGCCUAUAAUUAUGGCUGUAAUUAUUGAUAAAGUCCUUCAGUGUUUCUUGCAUGAAGGUUAAUUUGCACUUUGGCAAUGGAAAUCAGUAUUAUUAGGAACUGUUAUGUGAAGUGUUGACAUCCUCCAGAUUUUUAGGUUAUGUUUGGUAAAUUAAAAGCAGAGCCCUUGUCUGUGGGGUGGGGGUGGGUGGUUAUAUAGUUAAAUGCCCCAAGUUAAAUCUUUAAUUUUAAAGCAGUUUUAACCCAGUUUCUCACAGUGAACCAGUCAAGAAGGAAAGGUGUCGGAAGUACUGAAAUGGAUAGUAAGAAGUUUUUGUUACGAGCAGAGCCUCGCAAUAGUGCAAUGUCCAAAGUACUCUUCUCCAGUACCUCCUGGUACUAACAAAAAGUACCACACCAGCAAAGAUUAUCACAUCGGAUUUCUAUUACAGAUAUUUGAAUGCAGUUGUGUUAGAUGCUCAUGGAAAAGAUGCUCAACCAAGUAGCAGCUCUGUAGCCCGAACUGUCUGCUUAGGUAAAAUAUUGAUACAUCUGUAUGUGUGUUGUCCACAGUUCUGAUUCUGAGAUGUUACUAGCAGCUGAAGGAUUCAUUGCACUGAAUUGCUUCAUAAUUUUUUUUUUGUUCAUUUACAUCGUUUCUGUAUGGCUGCUAAUGUUGUACGCAAGAGAUACUGUUUAUUUUACUUUGUUUCAGGAUAUAAGGACAUUGUGACGAAGGGGAUAAAAUGCACUGUGCCUAAAAUGCCCUUAAAAUAUAACCAUAGGGAGUGUUACAUUUCAAAAGGUGCUAUUAACUGAAACAACCUUAUGUACUUUGUGGAAGUUUUCAACAGAGAAACAGCAUCAAUUCAACACGAUAUCCUGUCUUUUAAGAGUUGUUACAUGACUGCUGUAUUCAGCAACAUUAAUGAUUUGAAAAUGCCUGUUGAGUGCAGGCAAGAAGUCCAUUAAAGGGGAUUUGUAGCUCUAUGCAUUUUACAUGUGGUUCUUGUGCAAUUACAGAAAAACGCAUAACUGAGGUAAACAAAAACCGUUUUUUUUAACUGUAAUCAUAUUUCAUGUUAACCUGUUUGAAAAUAAUACUCUUUCAGUUUUGCAAAUAGCUAUUGAUUUUACAUCUUGAAGUAGUGUAUUAGAAACCAAUUGGAAAUGCCCCACCCCCCCAGAUUCACCAGUAAAGUUCACUGCAGGCUGAGUUUCACUGAUUUUAUGAAAAAAAAAAAAAAAAAUCUGGGGGGGGGGGGAUGGGACUCAGCUACGUUUGAAUGUAAUAUUUUAAACUCUGCCUUUGGCUGGUGUAUUGCAGAUUUAUGUACAAAUCCAAUUUGUAUAUAUGGUGUACAUAAAUAUAUAUAAAAAAAUAACUUUUA